AUUCGAUCGUACAGGUCAUCAAUAUAACACAACUCAUAAUAUCUAUGUGCACUCUGGUCAAGCCGCAGCAGAUCUAUAGACUCCCGAUCGUAUUCACAAGAAGAGGCAGAGCACAAAGAAGGCUACCUCACACGAUCCCACUCAAGACACCAACCAACAUCCAAUCAAGAACAAUGUCAUCAUCCAAUCCGCCAAAGGACCACUGGUCCUCACAAGCCUACUCCUCCGCUGCAGGCUUCGUCCCCAAGCUCACGUCUACUGUCUUCUCUUACCUCGACCCCCAAAAAUCGGACAACAUCCUUGACAUUGGCUGUGGCGAUGGCGAACUCACAGCAAAGAUCGCCGCCGCCUGCUCAGAAGGACAGGUCCUCGGCGUUGAUGCCUCCAAAUCUUUCAUCGACACUGCGAAUGAGCGAUAUCUGAAGGAUGGAUUCGGGAACAUGACAUUUGUCCUUGCCGAUGCAACGAAACUGGACUCAUGUCGAGAGAUGGGGCCUGGAGGAGUAUGGGAUAAGGCGUUCUCUAAUGCGGCGAUGCAUUGGAUCCUGAGGAAGGAGGGAAUCAGAAAACAGUUCUUUCAAAAUGUUUUCAAGGCGUUGAAGCCUGGCGGCACAUUUGUGUUCGAGAUGGGCGGAUCUGGAAAUGUUGCUGAAGUUCAGACUGCUGCUGUUGCGGCUCUAGUGCAUGUGGGAGGUGUGUCACUCCAGAAUGCAAGGGCAGCGAGUCCGUGGUUCUUUCCUUCUAUUGAUGGCAUGACCAAGUUGCUGGAAGGUGCUGGAUUUCAGGUGGAAAAGUGUGAAACAGAGUAUCGGCCUUCGGCUGUGACGGAGAAGAAGGCUGAUGGGAGUGGAGGAUUGGAAGGAUGGGUUAAGUUGAUGUGUGCCGAAUUCAUCGAGGUUGCGCCAGAAGAGAAGCGGGAAGCAGUGUUCAAAGAGAUCCAAGAAUUGAUUGACAGUGUAAUCACACGGGAAGACGGGAGUCAGUGGCUCGGAUAUGUGAGGUUGCGAGCAAUUGCAAAGAAGAAUAGUGAUGUAGAUUAA